AUGUGUAGCCGCCCUACACCAUAGACUACAAAUCGAAAUUCCAUUCUUCACCACCACGUUUAAACACACGCGCCACCAAACGCGCGGGGAGAACAUUACAACCCCAUUCUCCCUCUCUUUCUUUUUCAUAUCUCUCUCCACACCUCGUCGAACUACCACCACCACCAUAACAUAACCACAUCUCUCUCAAUUUCAUAAUCACUUCUUCACCGCGAUUUCUAAACGCGAUUAUCGUUAUUUCUCUAUUCACACGAUUAAUUAACGUUAAAACGAUUAAUCAAUCUAUCAAAUUAUCUUGGAAUCGAUUAUUGUUAUGGGCGAGUUGACUCAAACGGAGGUGUACUCGCCACCACGAACUCAACAAGUUUGGAAAUCACUUUUAAGUUGGUUCGCUUUUUUCUUUCAGAUCUUCUCUCAGAUUAUUCGAACCCUUGGUCACUAUCCUUUACUCUCUUCUUCUUCAUCAUCCUCUUCUUCGUCUUCUUCAACUUCUUCUUCCUUCAAACCUCUUCCUUCCGUUGAACUUCAGGAUUUCGAUUCCUCCUCGUCCGCCCUUGAAAUCACCGCUGAUUAUCCCGCCGCCGAUCAACGCCCUUUCCAAAAACUCACGGUAGUACUUGACUUGGAUGAAACACUUGUAUGUGCAUACGAGACAUCAAGUUUGCCAGCUGCACUACGUUCUCAAGCAAUCGAAGCUGGUUUGAAUUGGUUUGAUAUGGAAUGUGUGUCUUCUGACAAGGAAGGAGAAGGAAGACCAAAAAUUAAUUAUGUUACAGUCUUUGAACGGCCUGGGUUGAAGGAAUUCUUAACGAAACUUAGUGAAUUUGCUGACCUGGUGCUGUUUACUGCGGGUCUUGAAGGCUAUGCUAGACCGCUAGUUGACAUAAUAGACAAGGAAAAUCGAUUCAGUUUACGACUUUACCGGCCUUCAACAAUUAGCACGGAACACAGGGAACAUGUCAAGGAUCUUACCUGCAUAUCGAAGGAUCUUGACCGCAUUGUAAUUGUAGACAACAAUCCUUUCAGCUUUGUAUUACAACCAGUAAAUGGAAUUCCUUGUAUUCCAUUUUCUGCUGGGCAUCCACACGACACCCAGCUUCUAGAUGUCAUUCUUCCACUUCUCAAGCAACUCUCUGAGCAGAAUGAUGUAAGACCUUUGCUCUAUGAAAAAUUCCACAUGACUGAUUGGUUCCAGAAGCAAGGGAUUCCAGCUUCCAGUUGGACAUUGUAGGAUUAAAAUUGUUUGCCACAAGGCUCUUUUGUUUCAUUUGGGUGAAAUUCUUAGUUAUAUUGCUGGAAAGUGCAGAUGCUGAUGGGGAUGAUAUAGAUUUUUGUAUAGCACCAAUUUAUUUCUUGAGCAUCUGAAGGCUUCAAAUGCUGCAUCUUGAAGUCAAAUCAGUUUACCAUUUAUGUAUGUAGAUUGCCAGAAUUCUAAUUCUUGUUUAUAGGCUUGCAAUCUGUUGGGAAAUGUAUCUCGUUAGUGUAUUAUAAAGUUUUUAUAUAUCAAUAAUUAUUAGCAGUUCUAAUAUUCAUUGCA